AUGGCGUCAGUCAAUGACAUCAAUUCUGCCAUGAAUGAAAUAAGUUUAGCCGAUGAGGAUUCUGGUGGAAUAGCAUUACAAGACUUUCCAGGCGAGCAGGAGGAGGAGACAGAUUUCGAUUGGCAUCUCUGUGUGGUCGGUAGAUUCAUUGCUCCUGGGGCAAUUGAUUUUUAUGCGAUGCAGCAAACUCUGGCUUCCUUAUGGAGGCCCGGUAAAGGAGUUUUUGUUAAGGAAUUGGAGACCAAUAAAUACCUAUUCCAGUUCUAUCAUGAAAUCGAUAUCAAAAGAGUGGUAGAUGGUAGUCCUUGGUAUUUUAACAGGAAAGUGCUGGUGAUAUCUCGGAUGGAAUGCAAACUCAAUCCCCGUCUCAUUCCUUUGAACACUCUUGAUCUGUGGGUUCAAGUUCAUGACCUUCCUAUAGGUUCCAUGUCCCACCGUGUGUUGGAAGCAAUAGGAGGCUAUGUUGGCGUUUUUCGUGAAUCAUGUUCUAAGAACUUUCAGGGCACAUGGCACAGCUUUAUGCGCAUAAGAGUCUCGGUAGAUCUGAAUGCUCCUUUGAAAAGAAGGAUGAAAUUUCGUAAAGGUACAGAGGAUUGGGUUUGGGUGAAUUUCAAGUACGAAAACAUCCCGACGUUUUGCUUUGUAUGCGGUCUUAUUGGCCACGCUGAGAAGUUCUGUCCACGCCGAUUCGAAGUGCCUGAAUAUGAUAUUCUACAGCCGUACGGGGAGUGGAUGAGAGCCCCGUUUCGUCGUCAGCCUAAACCCAUUGGAGCUCAGUGGCUCCGUAGUAGUCCGAAACAGGACGAACCCCCUCCAUCUUCAUCACAUAUGCCGCAGUCAGCCCCAGGUACGUCGAUCGGCGUCCUCCCAACCGCCGUGAUUCGUGCUCCAUUUACGCCUACUAAUAUGGACACCACGAUUAUGGCCCCAAAUCGUGGUCAUAACUCCCAGGAAGAUACAACUAAGGAUACGGGUCGUAGUCAACAGCCCCAUUAUUCUAUGACUUCUUUAGAUGAGUUGGCAGGUUCCAAUUUGCCUAUCCAAAACAAAGUUGAUAGAAUUAAGUUCAGUUUGGGCUUUGAGGGAUUAUUUGUGGUUGAAGCCCAAGGCCAUAAGGGUGGUUUAGCUUUCCUUUGGAGAAACAUAGAAGAGGCCCAGCUCAUCAAUUAUAGCCCUUCCCAUAUUGACCUAAUAAUUUCUUCACGUGGGUCUCCUCAAUAUCGGCUAACUGGCAUUUACGGUGAAGCCAAUCGGUCACGACGACAUCUCACCUGGAGCCUUAUUGAAUCUUUGGUCGAUCUUUCUCCACUUCCUUGGUGUUUGGUUGGAGAUAUGAACAACACUUUGAGUCAUCAAGAUAAAAGCGGUGGCCAGCCCUAUCCGCAGUGGUUGAUCGAUGGGUUCCGAAACUCUCUACAGGUUUGUGGCUUGUUUGAUUUAGAGUUACAUGGGUAUCCUUUCACUUGGGAAAGGGGUCGAUCCAAUGGUAAUCUGAUUGAAAUCCGUUUGGAUAGGGCUUUAGCAUCAUCGGCCUGGAUUAAUCUGUUCCCCGAAGCCAAGCUCAGCAAUCACGAAGUCACAACUUCAGAUCAUUGUCCGUUAUUCUUGACUCCAAUCCCAGCUUCUUAUGUUCCUCGGAUCAGGAAGUUUAAGUUUGAAAAUGCAUGGUUGCGUGAACCCAUGUGCAAUAAGAUUAUUGAAGAUAUUUGGGAUGCUCAUCCCAAUUCCUCUAUUCAGAAUAAGCUCACCAUCUGUGCCGAUGCCCUGGGUCAGUGGGGAAGUGAAAUUACGGGUAAUUUUCGGAGCCGUUUAGCUGGGUGUAAAAGUAUUAUUCGAAGCCUUAAGCCCUAUCACGAUCAUGCCUCCACUGUGAAAAUACAAGAAACCUCCUCUAAAAUGUUCGAAAUUCUAACGCAGCAAGAGAUAUUUUGGAAACAACGGAGUAAACAGCUAUGGCUAAGAGAAGGGGAUAAUAAUUCAAAAUUCUUCCAUGCUAGUGCUCGAACCCGAAGACGUAACAACCAUAUAGAGAGUCUUUGUAAUGAGGCAGGUGUUUCGGUGGACUGGAAUUCGGGGCUGGAGAACCUCAUGGUUGAAUAUUUUCAAACUUUAUUUAAGUCCUCUGUCGACAAUUGGGAAGAGGUGAUAAAUUGCAUCUCCCUAUCUAUCACCCAAGCACAAAACGAUUUGAUGCUUCGGCCUAUUGAAGCUGAUGAAGUGAAGUCCGCUCUUUUUCAAAUGCAUCCCGACAAAUCACCGGGGCCUGACGGAAUGACACCGGGUUUUUAUCAGAAGUAUUGGCCAAUUGUGGGUAGCGAUGUAGUCACUCUGAUACAGGAAUUCUGGCUUACAGAGUCUUUUGACGAUAAACUGGCCUUCACUACUAUUGUGUUAGUACCAAAAAAGAAGAGGCCCUUGUCUAUGCUUGAUCUCCGCCCUAUUUCUCUGUGUAAUGUGCUGUACAAAAUCUUGUCCAAGGUCUUGGCGAAUAGAUUGAAAUUGGUUAUUGACUAUAUAAUUUCUGAAGCCCAAUCGGCGUUUAUCCCGGGUCGUCUGAUCACUGACAAUAUAAUGAUCUCCUACGAGAUUAUGCAUUAUAUGAAAAGAAAGUCUAAAGGGAAGCACGGAUUUAUGGCGUUGAAGAUGGAUAUGAGUAAAGCAUAUGACCGGGUAGAAUGGGGUUAUUUAAGAGCCGUAUUGUGUCGAAUGGGGUUUAGUUCUAAACUCAUCGCUCUUCUCAUGAAGUGUGUCACCUCGACCCAUUACCAAAUAGCCCACGCAGGAAGGGAGUUUGGUCAUAUUGUACCAGAAAGAGGCCUCCGUCAGGGAGAUCCUCUCUCUUCAUAUUUGUUUAUCAUUUGUACUGAAGGCUUCUCAGCCUUACUUCGCGAAUACGAGCGUAGAAAACUGAUUUGUGGUAUUAAAGUGGCUAGAGGAGCUCCUGUCAUAUCUCAUAUGUUCUUCGCGGACGACAGCUACAUUUUCUGUAAAGCAACUAGAGAUGAGGCUGAACACGUACUGCGUUUACUUACUGUAUUUGAGGGCGCUUCUGGGCAAAAAGUAAAUUAUGAGAAAUCUUCGGUUUUCUUUAGUCGCAAUACAUUAACAGAAAUUCGAGACACCAUUUGUGGAGAUCUGGGCAUUCAUGAGGCCGAUGAGAAUAGUACAUAUCUCGGACUUCCUAACAUUUUGGGUCGGCGCAAGUCAGUGAUUCUGAGUUAUUUAAGAGAUCGCAUUCUCCAUCGCAUACAUGGAUGGGAAGGUCGAUUCCUCUCCCGAGCGGGUAAGGAAACUUUGUUAAAAACUGUUGCACAAGCUCUUCCCAAUUACGCUAUGAGUGUUUUUCUAUUACCUCUUCAAUUGAGCAGGGAUAUUGAACGUCUCAUGUGCAAAUAUUGGUGGCGAUCUUCGUCGAAUAAAGCUAAAAUUCAUUGGAUGAGCUGGGAUCGAAUGAGCAAACCCAAGGCGGAUGGUGGCCUUGGUUUUAGAUCCCUUCAUGACUUCAACGUGGCUCUUUUAGGCAAGCAAGGUUGGCGGUUGUUGAAGUACCCAAAUACUUUGGUCAGUAAGGUGUAUAAGUCGAGAUAUUAUCCUACAUGUAAUUUCCUUUCCGCAAACUUAGGUAGCUCUCCAAGCUUCAUUUGGCGGAGUAUAAUGGAAGCUCAUCAUUUGAUUAAACAAGGUGCGGCAGUCAGAAUUGGUUCUGGUGCCUCAGUUUCUAUCAUCUCUGACCCAUGGCUUCCAGAUAAAGAAAACUCUUUUAUUCAGACCAUUCAUCCAGCGUUGAUUGAUAAAAAGGUUUCUCAACUAAUGGUAAGGGGUUCUAAUAUGUGGGAUAUGGAAAUAUUAUUAGACAUUUUUACUGAACGAGACAUCAAUUUGAUCUCUGCUAUCCCCAUAAAUGAGCACGAUAGAGAUGAUUGGUAUUGGAAGUUCGAUCAUAAGGGAUUCUACACUGUCAAGAGUGCAUAUGCGCUUUUGCAAUCUGAGAAACACGAUUCUGCUUCAAGCGAUAACUCUGGCUUUUGGCGCCUUCUGUGGCAACUCAAAGUCCCUCCUAAAGUAAAGAAUUUUUUGUGGCUUGCUUCUAGAGAUUGCCUCCCUACUAGAGUCCUGUUGCGUACUAAAGGUGUAUCAGUCGACCCACGGUGUCCCUUCUGCAAUAUGGCCAGUGAAUCGGCCACUCAUCUAUUUGUUACUUGUUCUUUUUCACAAGUAUGUUGGCGCCAACUACAGAUUGGGUUUAUUCCAGUAGCAAGAGGUACGUUCGCAGAUUGGCUAGCUUCAGUUUUUGACAUGUAUUCAGGAGAUAAAAGACAUCGGACUGUUAUGCUAUGCUGGGCAUUAUGGAAGUGCCGCAAUGACUUAGUUUGGAAUCAUAAAGGUAUUGAAGCUGCUGAAGUUGUCGUUUUAUCACAAACAGUCCUUAAUCAAUGGAGUUGUGCUCAAGACAAGACCUUCGAUUUAUCCCUUGGUUUUGUCUCCCUUCAAGAUGGCUGUGAGCAAUGGUCUCCACCUACAGAGAAUAAAAUUAAGGUAAAUUGUGAUGCGGCAUUGUUUGCUUCUCCUCAAAGUUUCAGUUUUUCCUGUAUUGCUCGUGAUUUUAGAGGGCAGAUGCUUGAGGCCAUUGUAAAAAAUGUGAGAGGUUCGGUAUCCCCGGAGGUGGCGGAAGCUUUGGGCAUCAAAGAAGCAUUGAGUUGGAUCAAGACCAAUCGUUGGAACAACGUCGAAGUUGAGUCGGAUUGCUUAAUCGCGGUACAGGCAAUCAGGAGUUCUUCAAUCCUGUAUUCUUAUUUUGGUCGGCUCAUAACAGAUUGUAGGAAUUUGUUGUUAGAAUUAAAAUCGCAAUUUGUCUCUAUUAAGUUUGUCAAACGGUCUGCUAACACCGUCGCUCACUAUUUAGCGAGGACUACGUGUAUAGCUUCUGAUCGUCAUUUAUUCGCUUCUCAUAUUCCUUCUGAACUUCAGACUGUACUGUUGAAUGAUUUGAAGUGUUAA